AUGAAUACCGUCGAUGCAUCCGAGCAUUACGAGCUAGGAGCUACCGAUCUCGCUCCCUCCCUCCUCACCAUAAUCCUCGACACAAAUCCACACGCAUGGGCAGCCCUUGAAGACUCCCUCCCACUCUCCAAAGCCGUCGCAAACCUCCUCGUCUUCAUCAAUGCCCACCUAGCCUGCAACUACGCGAACGAGGUCGCCGUGGUCGCAUCCCACAGCCAAAAAGCCGCAUGGCUCUACCCACUCUCCAGCUACAAGGAGUCUGCCGAUCGUGACGGUGACAUCUCGAUGAACGCUCCCAAUGGCGGAACACAAGCAACGCAGACAAACAAAUACCGACCCUUCCGCCUUGUCGAAGAGCAAGUGAAUCGCAAUCUGAAAGAUCUGUUAGAUUCUACAAGUAGCGACGAUCUCCGCGGAAACGUCUCAACCAUGCUAGCGGGCGCAUUGACUCUAGCUCUCAGCAAUAUCAACCGACGAACAAUCGCCUGGGCCGAGGAGCACGGCGGUGCAGAACUAAAGGACACAUCUGGUGAAGGAGGGACAGGGUCAGGAACAGCACCUUCAAACAGAUACGCCGCCGACGACAAUGACGAGCGGUUACAGAGUCGUAUCCUAAUUGUAUCAGUUAGUGGAUCCGGCGACUCGGCACACCAGUAUAUCCCCAUGAUGAAUAGCAUAUUCGCGUGUCAGCGUCUGCAUAUCCCUAUCGAUGUAUGCAAGCUCAGUGGCGAUGCGGUGUUUCUGCAACAGGCCUGUGAUGCCACUAAGGGCGUGUAUAUGGCGCUUUCCGAGCCGAGAGGAUUACUACAGUACUUAAUGAUGGCGUUUUUACCAGAUCAACGAUCUCGCCGACACCUUGUGCUUCCUACGCGAGUGGAUGUGGAUUUCCGCGCAGCAUGCUUUUGUCACCGGCGAGUUGUGGAUGUUGGAUUCGUAUGCUCAAUUUGCUUGAGUAUAUUCUGUGAGCCUCCGCCUGGUAAUAUUUGCUUGACAUGUGGAACUUCUUUAGAUCCAGGAGAUUACGGUGUUAAACCAGCACUUCUUCCCCGGAAGAAGAAAAAGAAGAAGCGAGUUAAUGGAGCCUCGGCGGCUGGGACGCCUUUGUCUACUCCUACGCCUGGGCCUUGA